AUGGCCUACGGCGUCGAGUCCAACGAAAGAUCCGUAACGAAUGCCUUCGAGGCAGCAGAAAGUCUAGACUUCCACCUCUUCUUCUCAUUCGAUUACGCCGGUAAUGGAUCCUGGCCCCAGGCCCAAGUAACCGGCCUCCUACAAAAUUUCUCUUCCAGCAGGGCAUACUACCAUUACAAAGACCAGCCCUUAACGUCGACCUUUGAAGGCUCCGAGAACGCGAAGGACUGGAUCGAAAUCAAAAACCAAACGCACUGCUUCUUCGCCCCGGACUGGUCGUCUGUCGGGGCGAAGGCGGCCCUGGAACUCGAGGACGGUGUUGCGGAUGGAUUAUUUUCGUGGGAGGCUUGGCCGUCAGAUGGCCGGAUGGAUACUUUCGGCGAUGCAUCUUAUCUGCAUCAUUUGAAAGAGGCCAAAAAGCCCUAUAUGAUGCCCGUCUCGCCAUGGUUUUAUACGAACAUGCCUCACUAUGAUAAGAACUGGGCGUUCCAUGGAGACGAUCUGUGGUAUGAUCGCUGGAUAGAAGUUACUUACCUCGAGCCGGAAUGGGUGGAGAUUAUUUCGUGGAAUGAUUAUGGAGAGUCGCAUUAUAUCGGCCCGCUCAAUGAAAAGGGAUAUGGGGUGUUCACUGCUGGCAAGGCACCGUAUAAUUACGCGCGCAAUAUGCCACAUGAUGGGUGGAGACUGCAUCUUCCAUUCGUGAUUGACCUGUACAAAAAUGGGACGGCAUCGAUCACAGAGGAGAGUCUGGUCGUGUGGUAUCGUGUUCAACCUAGAGAUGCUUGCUCGGGAGGCAACACAACAGGCUCUGUGAUCAAAGAGCGAGCAAACGAAAACGAAGAACAAGAAGCAGAUACCGAUAUCUACCUGGAAGACAAGAUAUUUUUCUCGGCCUUACUUGCUUCCAACGCUUCGAUCAAAGUGACCAUAGACAAUUUCGAAAAGAACGCGCACUGGGAAGACGAACCCGAUGACGGGGUAGGCAUCUACCAUGGAAGUUUCGCCUACGAUCCCAAACAUCUCGGAGAACCCACCAUCACCGUCUCGCGCGAUAAGAAAGAAGUAGUGCGCGUGAAAGGGCGAGCCCUGACUACAAGCUGUCCCAGCGGGUUCGCCAAUUACAAUGCGUGGGUUGGAAGCGAAACUUCGAGGAAGACAAUACCCGCCGUGUCACCAGAGCUCCCUCUCUCCAAGCAAGUCUGCAUCGAGGGGGUUGUGCUCUUUCAGUUGCUACCAUGGGUUCUGCCCUGGGAAACUCUGCAAUUCUACGGAGACAGCACAUACUAA